AUGGGUAGUAAAAUAUCGCCCCUUUUGGCGGAAUUGUUUAUGAGCGACUUUGAGGAAAAGCUACAAAGUGAAAAACUUUUCCCACGCGUAUGGAAGCGAUACGUAGACGACAUUUACGCCAUAGUGAAGGAACGCUACGUGCCACAAACACUGAAUUGGCUGAACUCACAGCACGAAAAGAUCAAUUUUACGGUGGAACAGGAAGUAGAGGGAAAACUACCGUUUUUGGACCUGCUGAUUACCAGGAAAGAAGACAAUACCCUGAAGUUCAGCAUUUUUCGAAAACCAACGUCUACCGACCGUUACAUUACUACGGACUCGAAUCACUUCGGGGCCCAAAAACAAGCAGCUUUUCAUUCUAUGGCGCAUCGUCUAGUCAACAUCCCCAUGGAGCAGGAAGAUUUUGCAGCGGAAAGGGAAAGGAUCCAGAAAGCUGCUGAAUUAAACGGGUACGACAAAAAGUUUGUGGAUAAAAUAAUCCGCAAACAUCUCCGCAAAAAACAGCGCCAUGAUACCACUACACUACAGCCUGAAAGAGAAGAAGUACAAAGAAUCAGCCUGCCGUUUUACCCGAAAGUAACAAACCAUAUUAGAAAGUUACUUAAGCGGCAUGGUUUCCAUGUGGUCCACAAAAGCGGCAAUACCUUACAGGAACUUUUGAAUAAUCAAAAGGACAAGGUUCCGCCCGACGAGCGCUCAGGAAUUUAUGAAAUUCCGUGCCAGGAUUGCCCAGCGGUGUACAUCGGGCAAACGCGGAGAAAAUUCAAAACUCGUCUAAAGGAACAUAGAAAGGCAGUGGAGAACGAACGGCCCAACGACUCCAGUGUAGCCAUGCACUCAAUCUGCUCCAAACAUAAUAUUAAUUGGGGAAACGCAAAGCUGCUCAAAAACGUGAGAAAGUCUUCUCAUUUGACUGCGUGGGAGUCGAUGUACAUCUGUACGGAGGACCGUCCCCUGAUGAAUGAGGAUGACGCUCUCAUCACCUCACCGCUCUUUCAACUGACGAAGUUGAAACUGUAG